AUGUUAGCUGCCGAAUGGACCCACCGCCUGCCUAUCAUCCAGCAGUCCUCGCCGGCCGACAUGGCGGCGAGCCUAAUCGUCAAGGCCCUCGACGAGAUCGCCGACGGUGCUUCCUCUAAAAUUACUGUUGUGGACUUUUGUUCUGGCGGUGGAGGCCCUGUGCCCGUCAUCGAAAAACUUGUGAACAAGAAGCGGGCGGAGCGUAACAAGCCUCCGAUUCCCUUUACAAUGACUGACAUCAAGCCUCACAUUGACGCGUGGAUAGCUGCCUCGUCCCGCAGUGCAAAUCUCAACUACUUUCCACAGCCAGUAGACGCAACUAAUCCCCCGCCUGCUAUCAUCAGUACAACUGCUUCGGUCAACGGUGCACAUUCACACCACGGCCCCAAGACCCGCGUCUUCCGGCUGUACUGCUUGGCAUUCCACCACUUCCCAGAUGAUCUUGCUCGCAAGGUGCUGGAGUCCACAAUCAACACGUCCGACGGCUUCGCCAUCCUCGAGCUGCAGGAUCGGCGUUUGGCUUCUCUUCUUCUCAUGUUUCUCGAUUUCUGGCUCAUGUUCGUCGUCACCAUCUUCUGGUUCUGGCAUGAUCCACUGCAGAUGUUCUUCACGUACAUCAUUCCCAUUCUACCCUUCACACUUUCUUUCGAUGGUUUUGUUAGCAGCUUGAGGACGCGGAAUUUCUUGGAGGUCAUGACUCUGAUCGACUCCAGUCUGGAGGCUGCGCUGCACGGCGCGCAGGCCAAAACAGUCAGAAGGGUGCUCCAAGAGACUGGCACCGCAGAGAUAGAAGGAUGGGUCUUCAAGGGCGGGAGAGAGAUGCAUACUUGGCCAAUUGGAUACAUGAAUUACAUCGUAGGUAGACGCAUCAACCGUCGGCGCUGA